AUGCUCGUAGCGAAGUUCUGUGAGAAACAUCCGCUCCGCUGCGUCCCUCAUGCGUCCCUCGUGCGCAAAACCAAAGCUAAAACACCAGUCACGUGCAGCGCAGCAGCGCAGCAGCGCAGCAGCGCAGCAGCGCAGCAGCGCAGCAGCGCAGCAGCGCAGCAGCGCAGCGAGCGAGUGGUCAAGCGAGAGAGAGAGAGAGCAGCACGUCGCAGCGUGACUGAGAACAAACAGGUGCGCCCAAUCGCUCCCAAUUCGUCCUGCGGGGGAACCUACCGCGGCCAGACCGGGUCGAUCCACAGCCCGGGUUUCCCGGGUCAGAACUACCCGGACGGGUCCGGGUGCGAGUGGUUCCUGGAGGGGCCGACCGGACACUUCCUCACCCUGGGGUUCAGGAACUUCAGCCUGCAGGGCACCCCAGGGUGCUCCGGGGACCACGUGGAGGUCCGGGAGUACAACGCCUCGGGGCGGCUGCUGGGCCGGUUCUGCGGCGCCGACCUUCCUCCCUCCAUGGAAACGUCCGACAGCUUCGCCUUCGUCAAGUUCGUGAGCGACGCCAGCGGCAACGCCGCCGGAUUCAGCCUGGAGUUUGAAGCCAGCGUUGAAGUGUGUGGAGGGCAGUUAAACGCUGCGUCAGGAACCAUCUCGUCCCCCAACUACCCCAACCUUUACCCCCAUAACCGGGUGUGUCGCUGGGAGCUGGUGGUUCCGUCGGGCCGCCGGGUCACGCUGACCAUCAACGACCUCCGGCUGGAGGGAUCGGGCUCGUCCUGCGUCCACGACUACGUCGAGGUCCUGAACGGCCGGGCCCCCGACGCUCCUCGUCUCCAGCGGUUCUGCGGGUCGGUUCCAGCAGGAACUCAGGUCCGAUCCUCCGGAAACACCAUGGUGGUCGUUUUCCGCACCGACGCCUCGGUUUCCAACGGAGGCUUCACGGCCUCGUACUCCUCCGACGAGCCGGCAGAAUGCGGCGGAGUUCUGAGCGACCCGGCGGGCGGGAACUUGACCUCUCCCGGUUACCUGGUAACCAACUACAGCAACAACCUGAACUGUGAGUGGCUGGUUCAAAACCCGCAGCACGUCAACUCGUCCAUCGUGGUCGUGAUCGAAGAUCUGCACAUCCAGAACCACCAGAGCUGCGACCUGGACUACCUGCAGCUCCGACUCGGGGACUCUGACGGGGAACUGCUGGCCCGGUUCUGUGGACAGACGACUCCUCGAACCCCCAUCGUGGUUUUCACCCCCGAACUCUGGAUCCACUUCCAGACCGACUCGUCCCUGGGAGACCUGGGAUUCCGGGCCAAGUACUCCUUCUCCGAUUGCGGAGGCCUGCAGGACGGGGAUGGAGGAGUGAUUUCCAGCCCCAACUAUCCCGGCCUUUACCCCAGUCCGAGCCGCUGCGCCUGGUUGUUGGAGGCUCCGCCGGGACACACCAUCAAGCUGACGUUUAGCUACUUCAACCUGGAGCCCCACAGCACCUGCGGCUGGGACUCGGUGACCGUCUUCAACGGCGGUUCGCCCGGUUCGCCGGUCAUCGGCCAGUACUGCGGAACCACCAGCCCGGGAACCGUCCAAUCAGGAUCCAACAAGCUAGCCGUGGUGUUCAUGGCCGACCACAGCGUGUCCCGCGGCGGCUUCGUGGCUAGCUGGUCCACCGACGCCUCAGGCUGCGGCGGCGUGAUCCACGCCGACUCCGGGACCUUCCGGUCCCCGAACUUCCCCCAGAACUUUCCGGCUAACGUGGAGUGCGAGUGGCGGCUCGUGGCCCACGAGGGGAACCACCUGGAGAUGACCUUCGACCCCGAGUUCGAGAUUCCCGACAGUUCUGGAUCCUGCCAGAACGGCUACGUCAAGGUGUGGGCGGGCCACUCCCAGCAUGCCGAGCGGCUGCUCCUGACAGGAUGUGGCUCGGUGGCCCCGGGGCCCGUCGUUGCCCCCGGAAACACCAUGACCAGCCGGUUCCAGGGGACCGGAGCAACCGGCAAAGGCUUCGCCGCCGCCUUCAGCGCCAGAUGCGGCGCUAACUUCACGUCGCUCAGCGGUCGAGUGGUUUCUCCCAACUAUCCGGAGGAUUAUCCCGACCGCGCUAGCUGCAACUACACCAUCGACGCCGGGGCCCAAACCGUCAUCAUGCUAACAUUCCAGGUGUUCCAGGUGGAAGCCCACUCCACCUGCCGCUACGACGGCCUGAAGAUCUACUCCGGCUCCUCCCUCAGCGUCGCCAUGGCGACGCUGUGCGGCAGCAACGUCCCCGGAACUUUCUCCAGCCUCGGACCCAUGAGGCUGCACUUCUACUCCGACUCGGUGAUCAGCGACCGCGGCUUCCUGGCCGAGUACCGCGCCAUCCCGUGCGGCGGGUUCUACAACAGCUCGGCGGGAACCGUCAGCAGUCCCGGCCUCUCAUUGGUCAAUUAUCACCACAACCUGAACUGCAGCUACCGCAUCCGGGUCACGGAGAACCGGGUCAUCGACCUGAAGUUCAACACCUUCCACCUGGAGGCGUCGUCGUCGUGUCGUAUGGACUACGUAGCGGUCUAUGAUGGCGCUAACGCCUCGGCGCCGCUGCUGGGCCGGUUCUGUGGCGCGGUGAUGCCGCCGGACCUGCGGUCCUCGACCAAUCAGCUGUUCCUGCUCUUCAGGACCGACUACUCGGUUAGCGGCGUCGGCUGGAGAGCUACGUACCGGGAAACGCUCGGGCCGGCCCAGGGCUGCGGUGGCUACCUCUCCAUGCCCAUGGGCAUGCUGGGUAGCCCGGACCCGAACCACGACGGCCGCUACGAGCCCAACAUGAACUGCAUCUGGACCAUCGAGACGCCCGUCAACCGAGUCGUCAACCUGACGUUCAGCUCCUUCGAUCUGGAGACGUCGUCCAGCUGCCGCUACGACUACAUCAAGGUCUACGACGGGGACAACAUGAACUUCCCUCUGGUGGGAACUUUCUGCGGAACCUCCAUCCCCUCGUUCUUCGUGUCCAGCGGGAACUUCCUGCUGGUCCAGCUGGUGACGGACGGAUCGGUGCAGCGGCGCGGCUUCAACGCCACCUACAGAUCCGUUCCCAUGGUUUGUGGCGGGAGCUUCAACGCCACCUCGUCCCUCCAGGUUCUGACGUCUCCCUCGUACCCGGCCGGCUACCCCGGCUACACGUCGUGUCGCUGGACCCUGGACGCUCCGCCGCAGGAAACCGUCCGGCUGGCGGUGCAGAACUUUGUCCUGCAGCCGGGCCAGAGCUGCUCCGGAAACUUCCUGCAGCUGCAGGACUGGCCCCUGGGAGAUUACGGACAGUCUCAUAAGUUCUGCGCAGCAGACCAACAUCCUCCGGACUUCUACAGCUACGGCAGAACCAUGUUGGUGCACUUCAAGUCUGACGCCUUCAUGGCAGGAAACGGCCUCAACUUCACCUUUGAGAUCGCUGGCUGCAGCCGGACCUUCGAGCAGCCGUUUGGCUACCUGAAGAGCCCCGGCUGGCCCGACGUCUAUCCCCACAACCAGGACUGCACCUUCAUCCUGACGGCCCCGCAGAACAGCUCCAUAUCGCUCUUCUUCAACAACUUUGACCUGGAGACGCACAGCAGCUGCAACUACGACUACCUGGAGGUACGAGGGCUGGAAAUGUCCGUACGGCAGCUCGCCCAGCUCUCCUCUGAUUGGUCGGUUCUGCGGCAGCACCCUCCCCAACCCCGUCUUCCCCGGGUCCAACCAGCUCUACCUGCGCUUCAAGAGCGACUUCUCCGGCGCCAGAGACGGGUUCGAGGUCACGUGGACGUCCUCUCCCGACGGGUGCGGGGGGACCCUCUUCGGGGACCACGGGUCCUUCUCCAGCCCCCUCUACCCCGGCUCCUACCCGCCCUCCUCCCACUGCCGCUGGGGCAUCCAGGCUCCCCGGGGCCGCCUGGUGACCGUGUCCUUCAACCAGAUCAGCAUCCCCGACCCGGGAGACUGCCAGAGCAACUUCCUGGUCCUGUACGACGGCCCGGACGCCUCCUCGCCGGCCGUGGGGCCGUACUGCGGGACGGAGACCGACAUCGCCCCGUUCACGGCCUCCUCCCACCGGGUCCUCGUGGUUUUCCAGGCCCAGAACUCCUCGGCCGCGCUGCCGUCGGGCUUCAGGCUCACCUGGACCAGCUGAUCCCAGUCCUGGACCAGCUGAUCCCAGUCCUGGACCAGCUGAUCCCAGUCCUGGACCAGCUGAUCCCAGUCCUGGACCAGCUGAUCCCAGUCGUAACCUCCUAAUCCCAGUCCCUAACCUCCUAAUCCCAGUCCCUAACCUCCUAAUCCCAGUCGUAACCUCCUAAUCCCAGUCCCUAACCUCCUAAUCCCAGUCCCUAACCUCCUAAUCCCAGUCCUAACCUCCUAAUCCCAGUCCCUAACCUCCUAAUCCCAGUCCCUAACCUCCUAAUCCCAGUCCUAACCUCCUAAUCCCAGUCCCUAACCUCCUAAUCCCAGUCUCUAACCUCCUAAUCCCAGUCCUAACCUCCUAAUCCCAGUCCCUAACCUCCUAAUCCCAGUCCCUAACCUCCUAAUCCCAGUCCUAACCUCCUAAUCCCAGUCCCUAACCUCCUAAUCCCAGUCCCUAACCUCCUAAUCCCAGUCCUAACCUCCUAAUCCCAGUCGUAACCUCCUAAUCCCAGUCCCUAACCUCCUAAUCCCAGUCCCUAACCUCCUAAUCCCAGUCGUAACCUCCUAAUCCCAGUCCCUAACCUCCUAAUCCCAGUCCCUAACCUCCUAAUCCCAGUCCUAACCUCCUAAUCCCAGUCCCUAACCUCCUAAUCCCAGUCCUAACCUCCUAAUCCCAGUCCCUAACCUCCUAAUCCCAGUCUCUAACCUCCUAAUCCCAGUCCUAACCUCCUAAUCCCAGUCCCUAACCUCCUAAUCCCAGUCCCUAACCUCCUAAUCCCAGUCCUAACCUCCUAAUCCCAGUCCCUAACCUCCUAAUCCCAGUCUCUAACCUCCUAAUCCCAGUCCCUAACCUCCUAAUCUCAGUCCCUAACCUCCUAAUCUCAGUCCUAACCUCCUAAUCUCAGUCCCUAACCUCCUAAUCCCAGUCCUAACCUCCUAAUCCCAGUCCCUAACCUCCUAAUCCCAGUCCCUAACCUCCUAAUCCCAGUCCCUAACCUCCUAAUCCCAGUCCUAAACUCCUAAUCCCAGUCCCUAAACUCCUAAUCCCAGUCCCUAACCUCCUAAUCCCAGUCCCUAACCUCCUAAUCCCAGUCCCUAACCUCCUAAUCCCAGUCCCUAACCUCCUAAUCCCAGUCCCUAACCUCCUAAUCCCAGUCCCUAACCUCCUAAUCCCAGUCCUGGACCAGCUAAUCCCAGUCCCUAACCUCUUAAUCUCCUAAUCCCAGUCCCUAACCUCCUAAUCUCAGUCCUAACCUCCUAAUCCCAGUCCUAACCUCCUAAUCCCAGUCCCUAACCUCCUAAUCUCAGUCCUAACCUCCUAAUCCCAGUCCCUAACCUCCUAAUCUCAGUCCCUAACCUCCUUAUCUCAGUCCUAACCUCCUAAUCCCAGUCCCUAACCUCCUAAUCCCAGUCCCUAACCUCCUAAUCCCAGUCCUAACCUCCUAAUCCCAGUCCUAACCUCCUAAUCCCAGUCCCUAACCUCCUAAUCCCAGUCCCUAACCUCCUAAUCCCAGUCCUAACCUCCUAAUCCCAGUCCCUAACCUCCUAAUCCCAGUCCCUAACCUCCUAAUCCCAGUCCUAACCUCCUAAUCCCAGUCCCUAACCUCCUAAUCCCAGUCUCUAACCUCCUAAUCCCAGUCCCUAACCUCCUAAUCUCAGUCCCUAACCUCCUAAUCCCAGUCCCUAACCUCCUAAUCCCAGUCCCUAAC